CCAAAGUGAGUGGAAUCUGCCCAUUGACAGCCAGGAAUCGAGUGGUUUGGUCCGCCUGGAAGCACAUGUAUGGCUGUUUAAUGCCUAAUUCAACGUCAGCAAACUCAGAGACCGGAACCAGUUGUUAGAGUGUGCUAACGGAGAGUGGUUGUUGUGAAAAACCUUGGAGGGAAACAGUCUUGUGCUAUUUAUACAGAACUAGGAUAUAUAUAUAUAUAUAUCUAUAUAUUUCGGUUGUCUUCAUUGGUUUGGGAUCCGAAGCUUUGACGAUUCAGAACUGCCGGCUGGUACACACUAAAGUGGUCCUCACCCAAUGCAACUUAUAGUAAAGAUUUGGAAAACUAAAAGAGGGAUUUAAAUCAUCCGUUUCGAAACCGGACAAGGAUUACAUCCGUUUCAUGUGUACCUGCUCUGCGAUGCCUGGUUUGUAGUGUAACAGAACUGGUGUUAUUUUCGGAGACAGGAAUGCUCUUGACUAAUAAAUGUUGAAAAGCUGCUAUUAGGGAGGUUGAUUUAAUAACGGUACAAUAGUAAAACGGAAUCGAAGAACUCAAGAAAUAUCGAGAUAAAACAGGUUGGACAGAUAUUUCUUGUCAGCAGUCGAAGGGAUAUGUGUACACUAUCGCUGUGCAGUUUGGUCACCGGACGAGGGAAGGAUUGCUGAAAGUAACGGCUCAUGUGGAGAAGUUGGCUUGGACAAAACACCCGGAAUUUCUUACCUCAUUUCCUGGAUUCUACAACCAAUCACUGUGUCCGGAUUACGCUCUACAAUCCACCAAUCACAGAAGAGACUUUGUGUAUAGUGCCUUUUUAAGUUCUCAAAAUUUCGUUGUCACUGUUUUUCAAAGACAACUUUUCCUGUGGUAUGAAUUUCCUACGACGGAGAUUUAGUUCUGGGGACUUGCAGGGAGAACUUAGAGAUGAAAACUCUAGUAUACUCACUUUCAAAAAGGGGCCAUCCCCUAGUGCCCCAAACUCCCCGUCAAAGUCCAUGUCGGGGGCGGGAAUCCCUCGGGUACCAGCGGGAAACAACAAACCAGCGUACAAUAAGGACCGGUGUAAAACACUCCUCGUCAUUGACGAUCAUCACACAGACUGGUCAAAAUAUUUUCGAGGAAGAAAAAUAUUUGGUGACUGGGAUAUUAGAGUUGAACAGGCAGAAUUCUCAGAGCUAAAUUUGGCUUCCUAUACAGACACAGGGACGAUGGUGGAUAUUCAGAUAAUGAGAAAUGGUACAAAAGUUGUUAGAUCCUUCAAGCCUGAUUUUCUGCUCAUACGACAAAAUGUCAAGGAUGCUUCCGAGGAUUGGAAAAACCUUCUGAUCGGAUUUCAGUAUGGCGGUAUUCCCAGCGUCAACUCUCUUCAUUCCAUCUAUAACUUCCAGGACAGACCGUGGGUGUUUUCUCAAUUGAUCAAAAUCCAGAAGAAGCUUGGUCGUGACAAUUUCCCAUUGAUCGAGCAAGCUUACUACCCAAACCAUAAGGAAAUGGUGCUGACUCCGAAAUUUCCUGUGGUUGUAAAAUUAGGUCACGCUCACUCAGGGGUUGGAAAAGUUAGGAUAUCCAAUCACUAUGACUUCCAAGACAUGGCAGGGGUGGUAGCUGUGAGCAAUUGUUACACAACAACAGAAUCGUACAUCGACACAAUCUACGACAUACAUAUUCAGAAGAUAGGCAAUAAUUACAAAGCUUACAUGAGGAAAUCUAUAUCAGGAAAUUGGAAAGCAAAUACAGGAUCUGCAAUGUUAGAACAAAUUGCAAUGAAUGACAGAUUUAAGUUAUGGGUGGAUGAAUGCAGUCUGAUGUUUGGUGGACUAGACGUACUUGCAGUGGAGGCUGUACAAGGCAAAGAUGGGAAGGAGUAUAUCAUUGAGGUCAAUGAUUCCUCCAUGACAUUACUGGGGGAAAGCCAGGAGGAAGAUCGGCGCCAGAUUGCUGACCUUGUAAUGGCUAAAAUGCAGCAUUGCCUUAAACCAGUUGCUUCCAUUAGUCGGACGUUUAGCUCCGGUGCUGUAAUGCACUAUGCUACAAUGAAUGGAAAUAAGCAAGAUUUACCAGCCCCAACUCAGCCCCCUUCCCGACCCCCUCAGCCCCAGGGUCAGCCACAGCAGCCCCGCCCACAGGGGAACCAGCUCCCUCCCCAGCAGCAGCACUCCCCUCACUCACAGUCCCAGCAUCAUCAGCAUCCACAGCAUCCUCAGCAUCCGCAACAACCUGGGGCCCGAUCUCCCCAGCGACAGACCAACCCUAACCAGCCGAUGAACCCAAACCAGCAGAUAAAUCCGGAUCAGUCCAACAAACAGCAAUCCGACGGGGUCCCUCCCGGGAAUCGCGGUCCUCCCGGCCAGAGGAGUUCAGAGGAUGAGGACACCAUGAAAAACCUGCGUAGAACAUUUGCUGGAAUAUUUGGGGACAUGUAGAAGCUGUUCAACAUCAUCAUCAUAACCUUUAUAGAAUCGGAGAGCAAUACAAUCUCUCGCCACCAACAUCUGACUCAGCCGUUUAUAGAUCGGAAUAACCUAGAACAGGAUUUAUAUAUUAUGGAUGAUUCUUGUAAAAACCCUUUGGUGUAGAGAUUAUGGACAGAUUUUGUUAAGCACUUUGGCAUGGAGAUUAUGGAUGAAAUUUGUAAAACACUUUGGUGUCGAGAUUAUCGAUGGUUCUUGUCAAAACACUUUGGUGAAGAGAUUAUGGACAGAUUUUGUAAAACACUUUGGCAUAGAGAUUAUGGAUGAAGUUUGUAAAACACUUUGGUGUAGAGAUUAUGAUGGUUCUUGUAAAAACCCUUUUGUUGAGAGAUUAUGUAUGGAAUUUGUAAAACCCUUUGGUGUAGAGAUUAUGAAUGGUAUGAUAUUGUAUUUCUUGUUGCUGAGAUCAAUGAAAGCUGGAACAUAUAGGCUACUAUGUAACUUCCAAAACAUUGCUGAUGUCAAGGUCAUCUUGUAAGGUCAAAGGUCAAGGUCAGUUGUUAAUACUAGUUAUAAUCUUAUAUAAAACCUACAUAUAAAUAGAUUAAUAUUGCUACAUAAAUAGUGCCGGAUUUUUAUCCCGGAAACAGACAAAACUUGAUGUGGAAUUGUUUCUUGUAUAUUUAUCUCAUACAGGGUUUGCUGUAUACUUGUACAUAGAUGUCCAUAUAGAUCGCAUAGACUGCCUCUCCAUCUGUACAGUGAUACAUAUAUUAUACUCGAUUCAUUUGUUUAUUAGCAUGUAGUCAUUUUAAUAUGUAGAAUAUAUUGUUAUAUGGUUGUAUAUGGAUUAUAAGUUAGUGAUAACUUGCUGUCUUUGUAUGUGAUAUUAUAAUUCACAAUCAGAAUCAACAAUUAUUUCUGCAAAUUGUAGUGAAAAAAUAUUUAAGAUGCAGUUGUCUCCCUUGCUCCAUAAAAAAUCACCAAAUUGUUUCUGUAAAAUAUAGACUUUAGACACAGUUAUCUCCCCUGCUCCAUUUAUUAAUAAGAACACCAGAGUUAGCUCCCUUGUUCUAAAUGUAAGAGAAGGGAAUUCUACAGUUUACAUUACAUAUUAGAUUUGAAUUAUGUCACAAUAUCUCCAUUUUUUUAUUCCAACAUUUAAAAAAUUAAAUUUUGUUUACUUAUUUAUACAGUGCAAUAUUUGUUUUAAUUAUCUUUUUUAUAUUGUAGUCACAAAUUGAAAGAUAUGUAUACAAGUGCCAUAUUUUUUAAGAUUGUUGUUUUUCUUUAAACAUUCCAUUUGUUUUGUACAGAACUUUAUUAAGUUAUUGUUGUUUGAACUUUGUUUACCGGGUAUUAUGUGUGUAGCUGAGAUAAAUGUUUAUCAUAAUUAACUGGUAAUUAAGAGACACUCAAUUACUCUGAUUAUUUUCUUUGUUUAACCUGAAUAACAUAUAGCACCAAAUCUAUCCAGUGAUAAGCCCAUUCAUACUAUAAACCCCACCCAUGUAUUUGCAAUUAAUUUAUAUUACUAAUAAAAACUUUGUAUUGAUCUACAAUAAUCCCAACCGGUGACUGGGCUUAUUACAGGGUAAAUAUGGUAUUCAAAUUAUAUAUAUAUAUACAGAUUAAAGGAACGACAGGGUGAAGACAGUGACAAUCUAUGUACAGUGUGCCACUUUAUAUUGUAUCACAGCCACUAUACAAAGAGAUGCAGCUCCCUUUGUAAAACUGAAGCUGAAGUUGCAGUUUGUUGAUCAUAUCAGGACAUUUAACAUAAAACAAUAGAAAAUUUAAAUUA